ACUGUGAACGCAUCGCGGCGGGCUGGCUCGUUGCAUCAGGCGGAAGACGGGCAGGAGCCGGAGCCCACGUCCUGCUGGGUGGGAAGAACACGCGGAUGGAGAAGCAGCCUCUGCCAGAUGACGGCGAUAAGACGGGAGCGGCGGUCCCGGACGGCGGCGCCGACGCCGGGCCGCCGGCCGCCUCAGAACCUCCGUCCCGGGCCGGGUGGAACAGCAAGGUGGAAUAUUUUUUAGCCCAGGUGGGAUUCAGCGUCGGCCUGGGAAACGUCUGGAGGUUUCCGUAUCUUUGCCACCAGAAUGGAGGAGGAGCCUUCCUGCUGCUCUACGUGCUGCUGAUGCUGCUGGUUGGAAUCCCGUUGUUCUUCCUGGAGCUGGCGGCCGGCCAGGACAUCCGGCAGGGAAGCAUCGGAGUCUGGAAGUACAUCUCUCCCAGGCUGGCGGGAAUCGGUUACUCCAGCUGUGUGGUCUGUUUCUUCGUGGCGCUUUACUACAACGUGAUCCUCGCCUGGAGCCUCUUCUACCUGGGCAACUCCUUCCAGUACCCGUUGCCUUGGCAACAGUGCCCCAAACACGGAAACGUGACGGAGAAGGAAUGCGAGGCGAGUUCCCCGACGUCGUUCUUCUGGUACCGCAGAGCGCUGAACAUCACCGACUCCAUCGACCAGCUGGGAUCCUUCAACCCCUACAUGGUCGGCUGCCUGCUGGCCGCCUGGACCGUCGUCUGCCUGGGGAUGUUCAAGGGCAUCAAGUCCUCCGUCAAGGUCAUGUAUUUCUCCUCCAUCUUCCCCUACGUGGUUCUGAUCUGCUUCCUGAUCCGCGGCCUCAUGCUGCCUGGCGCCGCCGAGGGAAUCGCCCACAUGUUCUACCCCAAGCUGUCGAUCUGGGCGGACAUCCAGGUGUGGCGCCAGGCGGCCACCCAGGUGUUCUUCGCUCUGGGUUUGGGUUUCGGCUCCAUCAUCGCCUACUCCUCCUACAACCCCAAGAACAACAACUGCCACCGCGACGCCUUCACCGUCUCCUCCAUCAACUUCCUGACCUCGCUGCUCGCCACGCUGGUGGUGUUCGCCGUGCUCGGCUUCCGCGCCAAGAAAAGGGUCGUGACCUGCGUGGCCAGGAACCUGAAGCGGCUGCAGUGGCAGCAUCAUGCCGGCCUGCUGCCUGCGCUGACCUUUGACCUUUCCGACCCGGACUCUGUGGACUGGCGGGCCUACAGCUCCUGGUUCAACCAGCAUGCAGACACUCUGGCCAAUUUGACCGACUGCGAUUUGGAGAAGGAGAUGCAGACGGGCGUGGAGGGGACGGGUCUGGCCUUCAUCGCCUUCACGGAGGCCAUGAUGCAGCUGCCCGGCAGCCCGUUCUGGUCGGCGCUGUUCUUCCUCAUGCUGCUGAACCUCGGACUCAGCACCAUGUUCGGAACCAUGGAGGGAAUCCUGGCGCCGCUCCGGGACCGCUUCGCCUCGCUGGCCCGCAACAAGACCAAGCUCACUGUGGCCAGCUGCAUGGCGGGUUUCCUGAUCGGCCUGCUCUUCACGCAGCGCUGUGGGAACUACUUUGUGACCAUGUUUGACGAUUACUCCGCCACGCUGCCGCUCAUCAUCGUCGUCGUGUUCGAGACCUUCAGCGUCUCGUGGCUCUACGGCGCCGACAGGUUCCUGGACGACAUGGAGGCCAUGCUGGGCUGGAGGCCGUCGGCGGUGUACAAGUACCUGUGGAAGUACGUGUGUCUGCUGGCCAUGCUGGGGCUGCUGGGCGCCACCAGCGUCCGCAUGUUGAUGGAGACGCCGACGUACAUGAGCUGGAACCAGGAAACGGCGUCGGAGGUCCGGCUGCCGUAUCCCGGCUGGGCUCUGGCGGUUCUGGCUCUGCUGAUCAUCUUCGCCAUGCUGCCCGUCCCGGUCGGGUUCAUCUACUCGGUUCUGCAGGACCGCAGGCGGCCGAGCAGCAGGGACACGGAGACGGGUCUCUACCGCAUCGUUAGCUCUGACGAGACGCCCAUGACAGACAUGACCGACCCGGACCGGACCGACGCAGACUGGACCGACCCGGACCGGACCGACGCAGACUGGACCGACCCGGACCGGACCGACGCAGACUGGACCGACCCGGACCACCGGAACGGCUUCACACCGUCUGAGUCUUAGAGAAAAACACGACGCAGGAUUAGGGCCGGACUAAGAGAUUAUUUUUAAUUACAAUAAUAAAAUAUUAUUAUUACCAAAAGAAAAGUCGUAAAAUUACGAGAAAAGUGGUUCUGACAGAAAAAUGAUGAUCAGAUUUUCGGUUUCUUGUGACACAAAAUAUUUUUUUUAUUUAUUUAUUUUUUUUUUUACAUCAGUUUCCUUCAGGCUGGACAAUAAAUCAAUAACAUAAAUAGUGAUAAACAUGAUCAGUUUCAAUAGAUAAUCUGGUUGAAUAUUCAACAUGCAGGUUGGUGGCAUUAACCAAUUCUCUGGCUCUUCGGUUGCCUAGCAACGACCUGCCGUGUAACGGAGCAGCAGUUUUAAAAAAAUAAAAACCAGAAAUAUAAAAAUCAUCAUCAGUGUAUCAUCGAUAUCGGCUGAUAAAGCGAUAAUAUCGCGAUGUGUUUUCUGAACCAGAUGCUCAAAUUUCCUCAUUUUUUGUUUUAGUUAUCGUAACGUUUCUUUAUUCUCCUACUUUUACAGAUUUAUUUUAUUAUUAUCGCAUCUUUCCAGCGUUUUCUCCAAUCAUUACAUUUUUUAUGCAAUAUUAUAACUUUUGCCGUACAACUUUAUUCUCGUUUUUUAUUAUUAUUACAACUUUAUUCUGGUAAUAUCUUUAUUUUUCGCAUAUCAUUAAAACUUCUGGUAAUAUGACUAUAAUGUAAUAUUAUAACUUUAUUAUUACAACUUUUUUCUGGUUAGGAUUAUUCUUGCGACAUUGUAACUUUUGUCGUACGACUUUAUUCUCAUAUUGUUGCGAUUUUUAUUCUGGUUGUAUCACUUUUGUUUUUCUUUUCAGUUUUUUUGGUAUUAUGACUUUAUUGUCAUCUGAGUUUAUUCUCGUAAUGUUACGACUUUAUUUAGAUAAUAUUGUGACUUUAUUCUCAUCAUUAUUUUUUCUUUUUCUCGUCCUGGCCUUAAUGCUUCGUCACAGAAAUGACCAAAAUUCUGCCCUAAUGAACUUUAAUUCACCAUUUCCAGAGCAAAAAGUUACAUUUCUAAAUAUUUAAAACCUUUUCCCUUAUUUAUUUUGACAAAGUUAAAUUAAAUCCAUAAGUUUAUGGAUGGAUUAAAUUAUUUUUGGAACAGGAAUGUCUUUAAAAGUUGAUAUUUGAGGAACUGAAACCAUGAACCAUUGUUUCACGACUUCGUGUUUUUACGAACUCUGAUGGUCACGCUAACGUCCAGAAGUGAAGCGACGCGGCGGCGUGUCCGACCUGCUGACCUCAUGAGCACCAGCUGCUGUUUGACGCGUUUCGGUUUCUGCAGCUCGUCGCUGCCUGGAUGUUUACGAUGACUGUUGGUCCAGAACAGUUUCCACUCAGCAGAGAAAACCAGAAAUGUUUAUUAUUUUCACGAUAUAUCGGCGUGAACAUCGGUAUCAUUAUCAGAAUCGAUCCGAUAAGUAAAACCGCAGCUUCCGAUGUUUUUUUCUGUCUUGUUGCUGAUACAAAUGCAGAACGUUCAGCUGAAAUGCUGUCAGCGGUUCUGGUCCAAAGAAAAGAUAAUAGAAUAUUUAGGGAUGCACAGAUAUGAAAAUUCAGGCUGGUAUUGAUAUCAAUCCUGCUCUUAUAGCCGAUAAUCGAUACCAUUUAUAUCGGGACGUUUGACACUAUAAGACAGCGGCGUUACGUGUGAAUAUGAAGGUUCUUAGAAGAAAAAUGCAAUUUUGUUCAAAUUUUAAGGCGUUAAACUCUAAUUAAACUAAAUGUAGUUAUAAAAGCCGACACUUCCUGCAGCCCUAAAUGUAUUUACAUUCCUUCUACUUGCAUUUCCAAAACAUUCGGCGUUUGGCUGAAACGUGUGAAGCUGCUCUUGUCCUGAAAGUCCACUGACUUUCUGUUAUUUUAUUCUUCCAUAGCCGAAUAAGUGACUGACGAUGCGCCAACCCAGCCGGCUUGGCAGAGGUCAGAGCGCUGCUGCCAACGUAAUUAUUUCAUUGAGAAGAUUUUUGACUUUUCAGGAAGAAGAAAAAUCUGAAUGUGCAGGUCAGACUUUCAAACAUUUAUUGGCCAGAAAACUGCAGUUGGUUAUAAAUCUCAACAGCCUGAUAAAUAUCGGUUUUUGGUAUUGGAUCAAAUUAGUAAAUCGGUGCUUCCUGCUUUUUGAGUCCACUGUGAUUUCUCUCCAGAUCGGAUCUGUUCUCCUUUACUCUGUUCUGGCCGGGUCCGGACCGGCUGCCAUAAUGUGAACCGUUACAGUGUUGGGUCUGGUUCUGGGUCUGGUUCUGGUUCUGGUUCUGGUUCUGGGUCUGGUUCUGGUUCUGGGUCUGGUUCUGGGUCUGGUUCUGGGUUUCAACCUCGUCACUGGAGGAGAUUCAGAGGGAAAAUCGUUCUGCUGACUGAAUCAGUCAUGAACUACAUCCACGUCUGCACUGUAAAUAUGUAAAAAGUAGAAACUGAAGAUAAAUUAAAUGAGCUUGUAGAUAUUUUUAGUUUCUGGUUUUAUGUGUUUUUUGGGAUUUCUAGUUUUUAUUCUGUUAUUUUUCACUCUAAAUGUUUUGAUUUUGACUUCAACUUGAGUCACGUGAACUUAAAAAUCUGCAUUUUAAGUGCCUUCAACAUAAAUAAGGCAGAACAAAAUGUUGAAAUCAUUUAAUGUUUUAAAACUUUAAACUAAUGUAAAAAUGAAUUUUGUCUGUAUUUGUCAAAAUAAAGAUUUUUCAGCAAUA